AUGAAGCUUCGGCGGAGUUCCUGGCUGGCACGUGCAGCAGUUUUGUUUGCCGCGGCAGCAACAUGGGUCCUUGGCCAGAACUGGCUCUUUGUUGGACCAUUUUCAACGUCGCUGGCUCCGCCGGCUAAUCCUGCGCAGAGAGGCCAAUCGGUGAGCAGGUAUGCAAGAGAAGUUGAUGAGGAGGAAGUGCUUUUCAAUUUCAGAAAACCCAAGAAGAAGGGCUUUGACCCAAACUGGAAGCGACCCUUCCCGAAGUACAUUCUGAUGGGUGGCGUCAUGAUGACCUUAAUCGGCUACCUGGGAGGAGGGCCCAUUCUAUCGGCAGUGUGGGGCUUGUGCGGCGCUGGGUUCGGGUGCUUGUUUGAGCCUUGGCAGACCCCAGAUGGAACGAUCAGUGGCCUCUACGAUGAAGAUGAAGAAGACGAGGAUGAGGACGAUGACGACGACUGA